AUGGAAGGAGCAGGGAAAGAGAGAAAGCUCCAACUGCAAGAACUAGAGGAGAUUAGGCUCACAGCCUAUGAAAACUCCAAGUUUUACAAAGAGAAAACCAAGAAAUUCCAUGAUCAAAAGCUUGUGACCAAAAAGGAUUUCAACAUAAGUCAAAAGGUGUUAUUGUACAAGUCCAGGGUAGGGCCUAUGAGUGUGGAAAUCAAGGAAGAAUCUUCUGAUAGAAUCUUCAAGGUUAAUGGCCAUCGUCUGCGGAUAUUUAAUGAAAAUCAAGACAUGCUGAACAAGACGAUGGAUGGAGUGAAUUUGACCACUCCAACAUUGAGGACAUACUUACAUUGA